GUCUUUAGCGUUACAGUACCCCACUAGGGAAACACAAAUGUUUCCGUUGUAUAGUAAACAGCUGACUCGUUGCCCAUUGGGUUUGCUUUUGAAGUACUAGGCUUUAUACAGUGGCAUGGAAUUCAAAUCGGGGCGUUUGUAUAAGAGGCUGUAGUAGGGUCUUAACAAUGACAGGCUUAUAACGCACGCAGGGGCUCAGAUCGCUGAGUUUCCCUCAUGGUAAAUCGCGCACAAGGCGUGUGAAGGAAUGUCGCAUCUUCACCUCCGGUUGCCUGCAGCUCGUGCAGUGUGCAAACCCGGCAGAAGCGGAUAGCCAUGUCUGUGUUUGUGCGGUUAAUACUGAGAGGGGGUGUGGUCUACUCUAGAUCAAUAACCGUCGGUCGGUAGUCUACUGGAAAAGGCAAAACAGAGUAGGGUCAGCAGAAACGGAGAUCCCUGAUCCAUGCUGGAUUGAUUUUUGAUGCUCUAUCUAUGCAUAGUUUAGACGCACUGUAGAGCUGCAGGAGGACAUUGGCGACAUAUUUGUUGUGGAUCGGUACUCUGAAGGACUAACUAAGUCCUGUAUAACGGUUUGCGUUUGGUUUCAGACAAGACGUAGCUACAGUGGAUUUUCUCUUAUGAGUUGUGAAGGAAUAACAAUGAUCCAUUUACCCGGAGACUAUUUGUCCUGGAGCUCAAUUAACAAGUGAUAUGUCGCUAAUGGACGUGGAAUUAGGGAUUUGUCCACUUUAACGAAAUAUCCUCUAUAUACGAGGGAAAAGACAGCCGUAUUGCAUUUGUGAGGUUCUCAUAUUUUCAAGAUUGGGGCUACCUUCCAUAACUGGGCUUUGUGUGUGAGACUGAUGAGAGCAGUCCAUUGAAUACCGCUGCCUGCAUCUAAAGACUGUCAAAUAGGUUCAAGAGACAAGACCUGCCAAGAUCUGUAGGAGUGAUUCCAGAAGACUGCGUUGGAUUCUCCUCACUAUGAACACUGAGGAUCUGAACAGCCACUAGCUCUGAUCAGACAGGAUGAAUGACAGACAGAGACAGAGAGGAGGGGUGCACACGGUGGAGGCAGAUGUCAUCUUCCACCACCCCAUCUGCUCGGACCUCCUCUCCUCCCCCUCGGAUGAGGACGGGGGUGUCUGUUCCCUCCCAAGGAAGCAGGAGGGGAACACUAAUGUUCCAGACCUGGGAUUCGUACUGGGCGACCAGGGACUCUGUCGACAGAGCACACCAGUUACAAAGGAGUACUUGUUGGAUGGUGGUACGGUGAUUGGGCAUCAGCACUUUGACCGUCCACAGGGUGAUGGAUCACACAUCUCAAAUACAGAUCAGUUUCACAUUAAUGAUCCUUCUCAUCAAGCACAUACGUCUCACAUACCCAAGCUUGAUGCUGGUAAAGACCAGAACUGUACUCAUGGCAGAAACGGUAUCAGUGAGGAUAUGAAUGGACCGAGGGAAAAAGUGCCCUGCAGUGUGGGUCCCUCUCUAUGCUUCAAGGGAGAGGCCAGAGAGGAAGCGGAAGGGUCUCUGUCCCUCUGUAGAGAGAGCAUAGUGAGGAGUCAGUGUCACAUCACAAACGUCACUAACUCCCGGGAGCAGGGGACCUCCGCGCCUGACACUCAUUGUAUCACCGCGGGCAACCAGCCAACCAUACAAGAGCUGGGGUGCUUGUUCAGCCACAGCUCUCCCACAGAAUAUGACACAUUGUAUGGACAGUCAGGGCUUGAGUCGAACCAAGGACAUAGGGGCAGUAGUGGCCAUGGUGGGGUCAGUAACACAACGCCUAAAGAGGAGCCAGAUUUAGUGAUUGAAGUCGGUGGCCAGAAAAUCAGUGUUCACAAGUCUGUUCUGGCAGGGAAGAGUGACUAUUUUAAGGCUCGUCAGUCGAGAGACAUCCUGAAAGUGAAAGGGCUGAACUACAAGACCCUGACCAUCCUGAUAGACUAUAUCUACACCUCUCAGAUGAAUGUACACAAGGACAAUGUGGUAGAGGUGAUCACAGGAGCUAAGAUCUUACAGAUCCCAUGUGCCGUCCAGGCUGCUAUGGACACCAUGUCAGAGCAGGUCACAGCAGAGAACUGUUAUGAGAUUCUAACUAUCGCCAAGAAGCAACGACUCAACGAACUGAAAGAGACGGCCUAUCGCUUCAUGAGUGACAACUUCCUCCAGAUCCUGCAGGACCCAGCGGUGUACGGGCGUCUGACGGGGUCAGAGAGGGAUCUGGUCCUGAAGAAGAGAAUGGAGGGGAAGAGGUCCCUGAUGGUCGCUGAGAUCAAUGAUGUGUUUGACCGUGUCGGGAGCCGACCUCAGAGUCGGUGUAACAGUCGACCGCAGAGCCCUCUGUCCGUGGCGUCCUUCGAGGAGAACCACAUGAUUUACUACUUCAACGAGGCAGCCAAUGACUGGAGACCUCUGACUCUGAUGCCGGAGGACAUUAACACUAAGGGCUGUGGGAUCUGCACCAUGUACAACUACCUGUUUGUGGCCGGUGGGAUAAAGGGAUAUGGGGAUAAGGGCAAGGUCUCAGACAAGGUGUUCUGUUACAACCCCAUCACUAACCGCUGGAGCGAGGUUCGGCCGCUCAACCAGGCGCGGUCGCAGCUCAAGCUAGUGUCUAUGGAGGGUAACUUGUACGCCAUAGGAGGGGAGUGUUUGUUCACAGUAGAAAAAUACGAUCCUCGGACUGAUAGAUGGACCACAGUGGCUCCCUUACCCAAAGGGGCGUUCGCUGUGGCCCAUGAAGCCACCACCUGUAAUGGAGAGCUGUACGUCUCUGGAGGGUCUCUGUUCUACCGUCUCCUAAAAUACGACGCCAAGAGGGACGAGUGGCAGGAGUGCCCCUACAACAACAGCAGGAAAAAGUCAACCGACAUGGUGGCUCUGAAAAGCUUCAUCUACAGGUUUGACGUCAACCGUGACCAGGGGGUCACUGUGUUCAAGUACGACACCAUAGUGAAAAUGUGGCAUGACUGCGCGUCGCAGCGGCAGGGCAGCCCUAUGCCGUUCAGGUGUGCCGUCAUUGGAAACUGCAUCUAUUGUGUGAACAAGACUCAGACUCUGCAGUUUGUGGUGGAGGAGGACGGCUCUUACUUUGUAGAGGAACCAUUCAAGCCACCACUGGAAGCUAAGGGCAUACUCUUCCCUUUCAUCCUCAGUCUGCCUGAGAAGACUGACAGAUUCAUGUGAUGUGACCAUGGAUCACUGAUGCUAUGUUACAGACGCCCAUCAAUGUAAUAUACUGGGCCUUAAAAUAAGAUGAACAUUUUUCACCUUUAUUUUCCCCUGUCCAGUGUACCUGCUCGUAAUGGAAUGUGUUUCUUUGCAUGGCGAGUUAACAGGACAAGCCUUAACAAGGACUACUUUUACAUGUUGAAUGAGUGCAACCAGAAAUGCAUCUGACUCUACACAAUGAGAUAAUGACACACAUAGUCGUUUUUGUUUGUUGCUGCAUUUCCCUGUGUUCAGUUUUGUAUUGUGUACUUUUGUAAUUGCAGAUAAUUAGAAUAGAUAUUGUUUUGAAUAUUGUUUGCUGGCUGGUGGCUUUUAGCCAAAAAUCAACCCGCUGAGUUGGAAUAGUCUGAAUGAGGGGACAGUUGAAGUAUGUUCUAAGUGACUGACACAGCUGGCACACACAGGUCCUAUACGCAAAUGACACAAGCGAACCCAUAAACAACACAAGGCCUGCUACGGUGGUGAUGUCUGCUCUAUGAAGAACAGUGGGAGGGCUACAACAUUCACACAGCCCCAAGGCCUGAUACCAGAACUGCCCUUCACAUUACUUCACAAGGCCAUUGACCAGCAGGAGCACAAUAAGCCACAUGUAUCUUCUACAAUAAUUCUAUUCUACUAUUAUAGAUCAUCAAUGAAUAAUGUUGAAGAGCACAAUGCAAUUAUGUAUUAAUGCAUUACCACUGGGCACACACUGGUUGAAUCAACGUUGUUUCUACGUAAUUUCAACGAAAUGACAUUGAACCAACGUGAAAUAGACGUUGAAUUGACGUCUGUGCCCAGUGGGUUAGGUUCAAAACCAGUGCCCACCUAUUUAUUCAAAACUACUACCCAACUAUUCAUUCAGAACCAUUAACCAGCCUUCCAGGUUGUGUCAAAGACAACACUCCACCCGCACAUACAGUUGAGUUGAGUUUCAACACACUAGAAACAAGGUGAAUUAUUGCAGCAUAAGAGUGGUUCUGAUUCUGGGGAUCGGGUUAGGUUCCUGAGAUUGAUUGAAACAGGCCUUAGGUGUGCACUGAUGUUUACACAAUGCAGGAUUGAGUCAGCAUACUGUAGAUAUGAGGGAUGGUGCUCACUGCUUACUGCUCAUUAUUACACCUGGAUCACACCAACAGUAUCAUUGCAUUUUGGUACACCAGAAGUACAUUCAUUUCCAAUGGAACUCUGCGUUUGCCUUGCAGCAUUGCAUUACAGAGGCAGUUGCUGUGCAUUCUGUGUGGUGCAUACAUUAGAUGUAUCAAACGUAUGCAUGAAACUGUAUGUGUAGACGGCUUGACGGAAAUGGUAGCAGAAGGUGAAUGAUGAACUUUUGUUGUACACAUAUCCAGAUGAUGCUGCGUACCAUUUUGCACAGCGACGCUGUAGGUUUGAUCGAAGCGUAAGGCCUCACAUUUGCUGGUUUGAUACGACAUAUCAAACCCUUUCAGAUAUUUCCCUAAAUAAAUAUAUAGUAAAUAUAUUUGGGUGAUAAUAUCCUAGAUCAAAAACACUCUUAUGAUCUCUCUAACAUCCACACGCAACACUAGUAUUAGCAACAAUGUAUCAAUGUUGCUGUGAAAACAAGGGCACCACACUUGCUGCUACUUUGGUAUUUUAUUAGAAUCCCCAUUAGCUGUUGCAAAAGCAGCAGCUACUCUUCCUGGGGUCCACACAAAACAUGACACAAUACAGAAUGACAUAAUACAGAACAUCAAUAGACAAGAACAGCUCAAGGACAGAACUACCCAUUAUUAUUAUUAUUUUUAAAGGCACACGUAGCUAUUCUGUUCUUUAACAUUCUUCAGAGAAGUGAGGAGUCAUUUCUCGUAUGCAGGCCAGGGGAAUUUGCCCUAGUCCUACCGAUAAUGAAAAUGCUAUUAUGUUGUCAUCUCCCACAAGUAUUGAGCCAGCCAGAAAGACUGUGACUGUCAUACACAGUAUGUACUUUCAGAUGCUGUUGAACUGUCUCUCAAGUACUUGACUAUUUCAGUAUCAUUUCUGAUGAUGAAGCCGUUUCCCCAUAUUAGAUGAUAUAGUCUGUCCCUUUAUAAUGCAUUUAAUCAUCUCGUCCGCACACCAUUUAGUCGGAAGGAUAUUUUGCAUCAACUUCAGCUCAGUGUUCAUCUGUUCUGUUAAAAUAUGCCUAAUCCCUUUUACAUUUACAAUAUUGGAAAUGGGUCCAAUAGCACUCCAUCUCCUUGCGCUUCCUUAGGAAUUUGACAUAUUUGUUUGCUUUUAGCAAUAAUACAUCAAUUGGGAGUUUUGUUAAUACGUUGGAUUGAUUCAGUGGAAUUUAUUUGGUGAACAAAAUGCUACUACUACAUUUGGUAACAGUAUCCUUGAGAGGCUGUUGUAACUGUGAUGACUGAGUAGAUGUGGACUUAUUCGUCUGGUAUUUUGCUGGCUGCCGUCAGUGUGUAGUGAAGCUUUUAUGGGCUGUUGGUUUUGGAUGAUGAAUGCUUGAAAGUACAGUGUUGGUUGAAGGCUUUCUUACUGCUAAUUAGCAUAUUAAAUAACAGCUAACAAACUAACUGUUGGAUGAUGUAUUUCAGUCAAAACUAAGUGCUGCAAAUAAAAUAUUUAGUGUUUGAAAAAA